AUACUCCCGCCUCCGUUACUGGUAACUGUGGCUAGAGCCCGCACCGCACCGCACCACGAGCAUCCACCAGCACCAGGUCCGAGUCAAAGCUCGACCUCCUCAUCAAAUCUACAGCGAAUCCCAUCAGCAAUCCUCCGCCCUGGCAGGUCCGCCCUAGCCAUCGCCGCCUCUGUCGACCCAUCUCCGUCGUCGCAUCCAUCCAUCUCAUCUCUCCCGCUCGCUCGCUCUCCUCUCCGCUCCAGACUCGUGUCCCGUCGUUAAGCUCUUGGAUCUGGCCUCAAUCUCGACGACACCCCACCACGCCAUCGUGUAUCGUCCCGUCCCCGGUUUCCUAUCUCUGGACUGUAUUUCCGGCGUCAUCCUCACCCGCCGCCGUUAGACUUGAGAAAUCUUUGCAUCGUCUCAUUGCUUUUGCGAGGCUAUCACCACGACCACCGUCUGGAUCGCCCCGCCUCUGUUGCCGUUGACGCACCAACGCCCUCGGCACCCCUCGACACCGUCGCGACGACCUUGCGAUUACCCCGAACCCCUCGAAUGACUUGGCUGUCGUGAACAGCAUCGACCCGACCUCACGUCCUUUCCGACACCGUCGCCGCGAAUUGAGCCGGCCUAAAUUUGCCUUGGUUGCUGACACGAGAUCCCACGUCCUCGACGAUCAAGGCCACCAGGCCGGGAUGCCGUGUUAGCAAUGGAUCCCAAUCUCCUCAGCUUUUUCUCGGUGCCCAACAACCAGACACUCAACCCCGUGGACCAGAACGCCGAGUCGUCAACCGGCGCCAUCUCUCAGCAGCAGCAGCAACCACAAGAACCAUCGCCAUGGAGACCUUUAGAAGGCGACAUGGUCGACAGGACAUCUGGUCCUCAAGGGGGACCGGUUUCCUCUUACGACCACCAAUCGUCUGCCCCUUCCGACAUCACAUUCACACAAGCCCCCAUGCCAUCACCCUACACCCAACAUAAGACCGUCUUACCUACCAGGGGUCACCCGCGGACUCACCCAAGGAAAAGGGAUGCACACGAUAGAAAGCGCACCAAGGUCGACACAGAGUCGGCGCUCGAGUCGCUCGAUUACUGGAUCCAGUUUGAUGAUGAUGAGGCCGAGAGGACAGGAAGUUAUGAGAUUGACUUUUCUAAGCGAUAUGACAUGAUGAACAACACCACCACUACCCGCCCGGGUUUUGGAUCAAGCUCCACGACGCCAGGUCUCGGAACUGGCAUCUAUGCGACCGCCCCCCCGUUUAAGGGGAACGACUAUUUUGAUGACAACGCUCUAGAUAAUGCACUGUCCGAUGAUGAAGAAGGUUUUGAUUCGAUGAGUCUGGAGGAGCACUUGUCCAAGAUUGAGACGAUGCCGCCACCAGAGGUCCCACCAAGGGAGGGUCUCUACUCGACGCCCCUCAGUUGGGAGAAGCCCGAGCCCGGACUGCGGAUGGAGCCGAACUUUGGCGUGGGAGAAAGCCCUGGGGGCAUGAGCACGGCAGGAUACGGGCAGACGAUGCCCGGAGUUGGCAACCAGGUUCUCAGCAAUGACGAGCAACGGCGACUUCUCGCCAUCGCCAUGAAUACUGGUCGGACACCGGCCAGCUUUAUGCCUCCCAGUGGAUUCGGUCUUGGAUUUGGGGCUGGGCUGGGCUCAGGUCUUCCGCCCGAGUUCAACGCGAGCAUCGACUCUAUCCUGGGAACGCCUGGGGAACAGAGUCAGAAGCAGACGCCAACGCCUGCUGACAGCACAAAGGCUCCAUCCCGAAACCAGGACAUUAAGACCGAGGCUUCAAGUGAGACGGGUACUGCUCUCAGUUCCUCCCGACCACAGCUCCAUCGCUCCAAUACAGAUACAACUGACAAGGGCAAAGAUAAAAUGAAGUCUGGGGAUCGAACAGCUCAUAACGACAUUGAGCGAAAGUAUCGAACGAAUCUCAAAGACAAGAUCGCCGAACUCCGCAACGCUGUACCCGCCCUGCAGUCGAUACCGGAGGAUGGAAUCGACGAGGGCGAGGGAAAUUCACAACGAGCGCCCAAAGUGAGCAAGGGCACCGUCUUGACAAAGGCAACCGAAUAUAUUCAAUACUUAGAACGGCGCAACAAGGCCAUCAUGAAGGAGCACCAAGAGCUGGCACGGCGUCUACAGGCAUUUGAGCAGCUUCUCAGUGCCUCGGCUAGACAGCCAUUCCUGAUGCCCAACCACAGCCGGACGCUCUUCGACCCGAGAGGAUUCUGCUGAAAUAGACAUUGUUUUUUUUUUCUCAAGUGCGCUUGCUUGGGACUGUAUAAAUAUACCCCAGAGAUGAAUCGUGCUGUACACACUACACUGCUCAUCCUGUUUUCUGCGUCAA